AUGAAGGCAAUCCAACGGCCAAGUUCGAAAAGAGCACACGCUGUUCAUCCAAUAACAGCUGUGCAGGUGGAGUGGUCAUUGUGGUCAAGAGAUGUGGAGGAAGAUAUAAUUCCUACUUGCCGGGAACUAGGCAUCGGCAUUGUUGCAUACAGUCCUCUAGGAAGAGGAUUCUUCUCAUCAGGAGCUAACUUGGUCGAAAAUCUUCCCAACGAUGAUUUCCGAAAGUAUCUACCCAGGUUCCAAGCUGAAAACCUAGAGCAUAAUAAAACAAUAUUUGAGCGGGUUAGUGAUCUUGCGGCAAGGAAGUGGUGCACCCCAUCUCUGCUAGCACUAGCCUGGGUUCAUCAUCAAGGAAACGAUGUGUGUCCGAUACCCGGAACCACCAAGAUUGAGAAUUUUAACCAGAACAUUGGUGCUCUCUCUGUGAAAUUGACACCAGAAGAACUGGCUGAGCUUGAAUUUUUUGCUUCUGCUGAUGCCGUUAAAGGUGGCAGAUAUCAGAAUGACUUUAGUACUUGGAAGAACUCUGAAACUCCUCCAGUGUCUUCAUGGAAAGCCACAUGA